GCUGCGGUUGUCCAUUCUGGUGCUCUGUUCUCAGCUGUCACAAAAAGGAAAAAAUCAUGGCAGCGACCAAAAAUCCAAAAUUGUUGUAUCUACAGUGUUUAAAAGUUUACGCGAAUAUUGUUCCCGAAAAGUUACUGAAUCUGACGCACAAUGGAUAUUUGGAAUUAUUGCCGCCCAUGGUUCUGCUUGAUAUCUUCACCGAGAUGUCCACCGUGGAAAGUCUACGGGACGCACUGCUAGCACAAUUCGGAAACAUAAACAUUUUUGUGAAACUUUUGAAAUUCGGCGGUACGAAAUUAAAAAUGUUUCGCUGCUUCUCGGUGCUGUCAUCCGGUGGCCGGCCAAUAACAAACGAACUAGUCAAUCAGUACAAUGAACAGUGCGAUUUUAUGACACUCUAUCACCAUCAACAGACUAUACCGUAUGACGAGGAAUCGGCUGUAUGCAUCGAAAAUGGAUUACGAGUUGGUACAUUUCUAGCGGAAGCCGGUUGGCUACAGGAGAGUCUGGUUGUCUUGGAUCGUGUACUAAGUAUCUUGAAUAAGUUAGAUACCGAUAAGUUAGAGACAUACGAAAUACUUUUAAUCAAAUUAGACUGUUUACAGAGACUUCUACACGCACAAGCUGGCAUUUGUUGUUUCAAAAAGGCCAAUGUAACAUGCGCUCUUGCUGAGCAAAUUAUCAAGAAAAUUGGAGAAGAUAAGAUUCCUGACAAUUUAAUGGCUAGUUUAUACACCAAAGUAUCCGUGCUACACUACAGUAGGAGUGACUAUAAUCAAAGUUACGAGUGGAGUAUUAAAGCGUUAAAACAUUGUUUUCAGCGCACACCACACACCAUUACGAUCGAUGUAUUCAGACAAGCUGCCAAGUCCUGUGUGCUCAAACGAUAUUUCAGUAAAGCGCAUUUACUGAUCCAAGAAGCAGUACGAACCGCCAGGAUUCAUUUAGGGAAGGACGAUUCGAAAUAUGCGGACGCUUUACUGGACUUUGGUUUCUAUUUAUUGAAUGUAGACUCAAUCGUUCAAAGCGUCGAUGUGUACAAAGAAGCGCUUGAAAUCAAACAAUUCAUCUUUGGUACACGAAAUUUGCACGUAGCUAUUGCGACAGAGGACAUGUCCUAUGCACUAUACGUAAGAGAUUACAGUACCGGACGAUUUCAAAACGCUCUGGACCAUGUGGAAAAUUCAAUACGAAUUUUAAAGUCAAUCGUUCCGUCGAAUCACCUAAUGUUAGCAUCCGCCAAACGUGUCAAGGCGCUGAUACUGGAAGAGAUCGCAUUAGAUAAUUCAACGGAGGGUAGUUUGGCAGAUGUGCAUCCACUACUUCUACACGCCGAGGAGUUACAUCAAUCCGCUUUAGACUUAUCGUUGAACGUAUUCGGCGAAAUGAACGUUCAAACUGCCAAACAUUAUGGUAAUUUAGGCCGAUUAUACCAAAGUAUGGCCAAGUACUAUGAAGCAGAAAAUAUGCACAAACGAGCCAUAAAAAUUAAAGCGGACAUUUUGGGAGAAUUUGACUAUGAAGUAGGUUUAUCAAUUGGACACCUUGCGUCACUAUACAAUUACCACAUGAAAAAUUAUCAAGAGGCUGAACGAUUGUAUUUACGAAGCAUUAACAUAAGUCUCCGUUUGUUUGGCGAAACGUAUUCUGGUUUAGAAUACGAUUACCGUGGACUGUGUUACGUGUACGAACACUUAAAUGAUACCGAAAAGUAUUUGGAGUACGCACUUAUUCUGGACACAUGGAAACAACUGAAGGAAGAUCAGAAUCGUGUAAAUAAAAUCUCAUACGAAUCGAAAGUGGACUCAACCAUCGAUGACAUAACGAAGCAGUUUUUCAAUAUUGGAAAAGACGUGAUAUAAAACAAUUUCAUUUUGUUCGUUCGAUAGCCGUGGAUGAUUCGAUAUAAUAUAUAUUAUAGCAUCUGGGUUUCUGGUCGUGUUGAAAUUAUUAACUCGUUGUUUGGAACAAUCAAUUUUUUUUUUUCGUCGCUGAAAAUAGCUUUUUCAAUUGAAUGUUGACAGUUUUUAUGAAAAUUUUAUUUAAAAAUUUUUUGGUCAUUAAAUUUUAGCUGAAAAUUGUUUGAAAAAAGAAAUGAAAAGCAGAAAAAAAUCAUCGAAAAAUUUAUGCUUUAAACAAGAAGAAUACAAAAAUAAUAAAGAAAUAAUAAAUGUUUCGAUUAGCCAAGUGUGUUAAGUAGUGAUACUAAGUUAAUUGUUCAACUGUAAAUAAUUUCCUGAAGACAAUUAUAAGUUUAUGGCUUUUUUGAAAGU